AUGAAGGAGGAGAUCCUGGAGCAACGGAAUGGAGCAUUCUUGAGCCGCCCCCUCCCAGUCUGGGCCACUCCCUGUGGCAGGAGCAGCAGCCAAUCGCUGUGGUCCAGGGGAGACCUCUGGCAGCAGAGGUCUGAGAUGAAGAAUCUGGAAAGUCUGCUGGCUGGUCAGCCCCACAAUCCCCAGCAGCUCCUUGGGGCUGCAGGACACCUGAGCAGGAGGCCAGGGACGGCUCUCCCAGUCAGUCCCGCCAUGGACUCUGCGUACGAGAUGGGCCACAUUCGCAAGCUGCAGGCGCGGCACAUGCAGAUGCAGGAGAAGACUUUCACCAACUGGAUCAAUAACAUCUUCCAGCACGGCCGGGUGGGCAUCAAGAUCCAGAACCUCUACACGGAGCUGGCCGACGGCACCCACCUUCUGCGGCUGCUGGAGCUCAUCUCGGGGGAGGCCCUGCCACCCCCCAGCCGGGGCCGCCUGCGCGUGCACUUCCUAGAGAACAGCAGCCGUGCUCUGGCCUUCCUCAAGGCCAAGGUGCCAAUACCACUCAUUGGGCCAGAGAACAUUGUGGACGGAGACCAGACACUCAUCCUGGGACUCAUCUGGGUCAUCAUUCUGCGUUUCCAGAUUUCCCACAUCUCCCUGGACAGGGAGGAGUUCGGGGCCAGUGCAGCCCUGCUGUCUGCCAAGGAAGCUCUGCUGGUCUGGUGCCAGCGGAAGACGGCCUGCUACGCCAACGUCAGCAUCACUGACUUCUCCCGCAGCUGGAGCAACGGACUUGGCUUCAGCGCGCUCAUCCACGCCCACCGGCCAGACCUGCUGGACUACGGCUCCCUGCGUCCCGACCGCCCACUGCACAACCUCGACUUCGCCUUCCGCGUGGCUGAGCAGGAGCUGGGCAUUGCUCAGCUGCUGGACCCCGAGGACGUGGCAGCCCUCCAACCCGACGAGCGCUCCAUCAUGACCUACGUCUCCCUCUACUACCACCACUUCUCCCGCCUGCACCAGGGGCAGACUGUCCAGAGGAGACUGGCGAAGAUCCUGCUGCAGCUCCAGGAGACAGAGGAGCUGCAGACCCAGUACGAGCAGCUGGUGGCCGACCUGCUACGCUGGAUUGCAGAGAAGCAGGUGCAGCUGGAGGCGCGGGAUUUCCCAGACUCCCUGCCUGCCAUGCGCCAGCUACUGGUGGACUUUGCCUCGUUCCGCAUCCAGGAGAAGCCACCGCGGCUGCAGCAGCGAGGGGCCACGGAGGCCCUGCUCUUCCGGCUGCAGACAGCACUCCGAGCCCAGAACCGCAGGCCCUUCCUGCCUCAGGAGGGCCUGGGCCCUGUGGAGCUGUGCCAGCGCUGGGCAGGCCUGGAGCAGGCAGAGGCCUCCAGGAGCCAGGCCCUGCAGCAGAGGCUUCUGCAGCUAGAGCGGCUGGAAACCCUGGCCCGGCGCUUCCAGCGCAAGGCGGCCCUCCGGGAGAGCUUCCUGACAGAUACAGAGCAAGUGCUGGGCCAGGCCACAGCCCCGCCGGCCAGCCCGGCCACAGUGGAGGCGGCUGCCCAGAGGCUGGGCAUGCUGGAGGCCAGCAUCCUGCCCCAGGAGGGGCGCUUCCAGGCCCUGGCCGAGCUCGCGGACAUCCUCCAGCAGGAACAGUACCAUGGCUGGGCAGAUGUGGCCCACAGGCAGUUGGAGAUCACUCGGCGCUGGGAGCGGCUCCUUCAGCGUCUCCACGGGCAAAGGAGGCAGAUGGCAGGUAUGCAGGCGGCGCGGAGCCUGCUGCAGGAGGUAGAGACUGCCUCCAACCAGCUCAAGGAGCUGCAGGUGCUGGCCAGCUCCACAGCCUGUGGGCAGCAGCUGGCAGAGGUAGUGGAGUUGUUGCAGAGGCAUGACCUGCUGGAGGCGCAGGUCUCAGCCCACGGAGCCCACGUGAGCCAUCUUGCCCACCGGACCACGGAGCUGGACUCCUCCCUGGGCACCAGUGUGGAGGCGCUGCAGGCCAAGGCCAGGGCGCUGGCCCAGCUCCACCAGAGCCUGGUGUCUCUUGUCAGGACCCGGCGGGCCUUGCUGGAGCAGACCCUGCAGCAAGCAGAGUUCCUGCACAACUGUGAGGAGGAGGAAGCCUGGCUGAGGGAGCACCGCCAGCUGGUGGAGGACGCGGCCCUGGGCCGGGAUCUCAGCCAGAUCGCAGUGGCCCUGCAGAAACACAAGGCCCUGGAAGCUGAGCUCCGCCGCCACCAGGCCGUGUGCGCUGAUCUCGUGCGGAGAGGAUGCGAGCUGGGCGCCCGCGGGCCCCCGACGCAGCCGGACCCCCGGGAGCGGGCCGAGGCGGUGCAGGGCGCGUGGCGGCGGCUCUGGGCCCGGGCGGCGGGGCGGGGCGCGCGGCUACAGGCAGCCCUGCUCUUCCAGCAGUACUUCGCCGACGCUGCAGACGCGGCCUCGUGGCUACGGGAGCGGGGGUCCGCGCUGGAGAGCGCGUCCUGCGGGCAGGACCAGGCGGCCGCCCAGGCCCUGCUGCUGCGCCACCUGCGGCUGGAGCGCGCCGUGCGCGCCUUCGGGGCCGAGCUGCACAGAUUGGACGAUCAGGCGCGGGCGGCCGCGGCCCGGGUGGCGCUCACGGUGGUGUCUGCCCUGAGCUUUCCAAGGGAAGGCCUGAGGAACCUGGGGGCCUGGUGUGAGGUUUCUUGCCACUCUGGCCCCUGGGACACCCAGAAGAUGGCCCUUCCGGCUGAGCCUGACCCCAACACCAUACUCCAGAUGCAGGACUGCUUGAGCCAGGAUUAUGAGGCCCUGCGGGCCCUGGCAGAGCACCGCAGGGCCCGGUUGGAGGAGGCAGUGGCCCUGUUUGGCUUCUAUGGCUCGUGUGGGGAGCUCCAGUCCUGGCUGGAAAACCAGACAGCACUGUUCCUAACGCUGCAGCCCCAGGCCGACAACGUGGAGGUCAUGCAGCUCAGAUAUGAGAACCUCCUCUCUGCUCUGGCCGUGGGAAGGAGCCGCUGGGCUGAGGUCAGCAGUUCUGCUGAGCAGCUGAAGCAGAGAUGUCCUGGAGACUGCCCCCAAAUCCAGCGACAGCAGGAGGAACUGAGCCGGAGGUGGGGGCAGCUGGAGGCCCUGAAGAAAGAGAAGGAAAUGCAGCUGGUGCACACCACAGACGUGUGCAGUUUUCUGCAGGAGUGUGGAUCCACACAGGUCCAGCUGCAAGGUGUGAUACGCCAGCUGGAAGCCCUGGAGCCGGGGCGCUCCGAGGACAGCCACCAUGUCCUACAACUGGCCCAGCAGAAGAUGCUAGCACUAGAGAGGAGCAUCCACUACCUGCAGAGGGUGGCCAUCAAAGUCGAGGAGUCGGGCCCCGCAGAGAGCCAGACCCUGCAAGAGCAGGUGGAGAUGCUGCAGGGGCUGCUGGAGCGAGCGCAGCGACAAGUGGCCCAACAGGCCCAGGCCCAGACCGAGGCGCGGGCCCGGCAGAGCUUCCUGCAAGAAAGCCGGCGACUGCUGCUGUGGGCUGAGGGUGUCCGGGCUCAGCUGCACAGUGAGGAGGAAGUGGUGGACGUGGCCUCAGCCCAGCGGCUGCUGAUGGAGCACCAAGACCUGCUGGAGGAGAUACACCUGCAGCAGGAGAGGCUGCAGCAGCUGGAGGCUCAGGGCCAGCCCUUGGCAGCCUUGGACUCCCCGGACUCCCAGGAGGUGGCCAGUGCUCUGAGGCUCCUGGGCCAGCAAGGCCGGGAGCUGAAGGCCACCUGGGAGCAGAGACAGCAGCGGCUGCAGGAGGGGCUGGAGCUGCAGAGGUUCAGCCGAGAAGUGGAUGGUUUCACUGCCACCUGUGCCAACCGCGAGGCCUUCCUGCAGCUGGACAGCCUUGGGGAGGACGUGGGGGACGCGCAGAGCCUGCUGCAGCAGCACCAGGAGUUUGGGCGGCUCCUGGGCACCCUUGGCCCUCAGGCAGAGGCUCUGCGGGCAUGUGGCGAGAAGCUGGCUCAGAGCCAACACCCUGCUGCACACAGGGUCAGAGGGCAGCUGCAGAGCGUCCAGGCACAGUGGACCAGGGUCCAGGAGAGGAGUGAGCAGAGGAAGAGACAACUGCUGGCUUCCCUCCAGCUCCAGGAAUGGAAGCAGGACGUGGCGGAGCUGAUGCUGUGGAUGGAGGAGAAGUGGCUGUUGGUGGCAGAUAAGCUCUCCCCAGGGCCCAGCAACAUCCUGCGGAAACUCAAGUGGCACGAAGCAGCUGAGCGCGAGCUGCUGGCCACCCGUGGGCACGUGCAGGGCCUGCAGCAGGUUGGGAGAGAGCUGUUGGGCAGCAGGCUCCAUGCCCAGGAGGACGUGCAGACCAGGCUUCAGGGCCUGAGGAGCAAGUGGGAAGAGUUGAACCUCAAGAUGGCAGAGCGUGGGGACCAGCUCCGGCAGGCUGGGCAGCAGGACCAGCUCCGGGGGCUGCUGCAGGAUGCCAAGGAGAAGAUGGAGCAGCUAGAGGGGGCCCUGCAGAGCGCAGAAACAGGGCAGGACCUGUGCUCAAGCCAGAGGCUGCUGAAACAGCACCACCAGCUGGAGGAUGAGAGCCAGGCACUGGCCGGGAAGAUGGCUGCCCUUGUCUCCCAGGCCCACUGCGUGAUCAGUUCCCAAACCAUCGUGGAGGAGAUCCAAAAGUACCUCCAGAGGUUUGAGUCCCUGCAGGGACAUCUGGCCAUGCGGCGACUGCAGCUGCGGGCCUCGGUUGAGCUGUACCAGUUCUACCACCUGAGCAACAUGGAGCUCACGUGGGUGGCUGAGCACAUGCCCAGUGCCAGCUCCACCAGCUCCACCAAAUGCUUGGAUGGUACCCAGAGCCUUCACCACAAGCACGAGGAGCUCCGGGCAGAGGUGAAAGCCCACCACGGUCAGAUGCAACAGCUGCUGGGUUCCGGACGGAGCCUAGCAGCCUCAGGGCACCCCCAAACCCAGCACAUCAUGGAGCAGUGCCAGAAGCUAGAAGGCCGCUGGGCAGAGCUGGAGCAGGCGUGUGAGGCAUGGGCCCAGUGCCUGCAGCGGGCUGUCGCUCUCCAGCAGUAUUUUCUGGAUGCAUCAGAGCUGGAGGACUGGGUGGAGGAGAAGUGGCUGCUGGUGAGCAGUCAGGACUAUGGCAGAGACGAGGCAGCCACUCUCAGGCUCAUUAAGAAGCAUGAGGCUCUGCAGCAGGAACUGGUUCUUUAUUGGAGCUCCAUGGAGAAGCUUGACCAAAGGGCCCAAACCCUCAUUGGCCCUGAGGCCCCUGAGCAGCUGCGUGUGGUACAAAGGAGGCUCUGGGAGCAGCUGCGGGCGCUGCAGGAGUUGGCAGCCACACGGGAUCAGGAACUGGAGGGGACCCUGAAGCUGCAUAAGUUCAUGAGGGAGGCCGAGGAGCUGCAGAGCUGGCUGGCUAGCCAGAAGCAGGUGGCCAGAGGAGAGAGCCUCGGAGAGGACCACGAGCAGGUCCUGCACCUCUGCACCAAGUUUGCAAAGUUUCAGCGCCAAGUGGAGCUGGGCGGCCAGCAGGUGGCAGCCUGCCAGCAGCUGGCGGAGUACCUGCUGGAGCGUGGGCACAGCGCUGCCCCCCAGGCCCAACAGAGGCAGCAGGAUCUGCAGGCUGCCUGGUCGGAGCUGUGGGAGCUGACCCAGGCCCAAGGCCGCCUGCUCCAAGACGCCGAGGUCACCCUCAGAGUUCACAGAGAUCUGUGGGAAGCCCUCACCCAGGUCCAGGAGAAAGCCACAAGCCUCCCCAGUGAUGUGGCCCAGGACCUACGUGGGCUGGAGGCCCAGCUGAGGAGACACGAGAGGCUGGAGCAUGACCUCAUGGGCACUGAGCAGCAGCUGCAGGUGCUGCUGGAGACUGGAAGCACGGUGCAGAAGCUGGGUCCGGGGCCUCAGGCCCGUGCAGUGCAGCAGAGGCAGCAGGCUUUGGUGCAGGCCUGGGAGGCCCUGAAGCUACACAUGGAGCAGCGCAGGACCCAGCUGGAGCAGGCACGCCUCCUGGCUCGCUUCCACAUGGCGGUGCAGGACUAUGCCUCCUGGGCAGCUGGUGUGUGGCAGGAGCUUCAGGCGGAGGAGACUUCCCAGGAGCCCAGCAGUGACCUGCUAAAGCUCAGUGCCCACCAACAGCUUCGGGCAGAGCUCGAGGCCCAGGAGGAGCUGCACCAGCAGGCCACCCAGCUGGGCCAGCAGGCGCUCCUGGCUGCAGAGACACCCAUCAAGGAGGUCCAGGAAGGGCUGCAAGCCCUGCAGGAUGAGCGGGAGCAGGUGUUCCAGGCCUGGGAACGGAAGCAGGAGAGGCUGCAGGCCAUGCACCGGGAGCAGCUCUUCCUCAGAAAGUGUGGCCACCUAGACCAGAUCCUCACGGCCCAGGAGGUUUCCCUGAAAACCAGUGCCCUGGGGAGCUCAGUGGAAGAGGUGGAACAGUUGAUCCGCAAGCAUGAGACCUUCCAGAAGGUGCUGACUGCCCAGGAUGAGAAGGAGGCAGCCCUGCGUGAGCAGGUGAAGACACUCAGGGCCUCCCGGGCGCAGGACCUGCUCCACACGGUGCUGGAGCGUCGGGCUCAAGUGAAGGAGCUGGCGGAGAGCCGGGGGCACGCCCUGCGCACCUCCCUGCUGAUGGCCAGCUUCACCAGGGCCGCGACCCAGGCUGAGGACUGGAUCCAGGAGCGGGUCCAGCAGCUGAAAGAGCCAAUCUCUCCUGGGGACAUGAAAGAUAAGUUGAAGCACCUGCAGAAACACCGGGCCUUCGAAGCUGAGGUCCACGCCCAUAAGGAGGUCAUAACCUCUGUCACCAAGGAGGGUGAGGCUCUCCUGGCGCAGAGCCACCCCCAGGUGGGAGAGGUCUCACAGAGACUCCGGGCGCUGCGGGAGCACUGGGAGAAGCUGGGGCAGGCGGUGACUCUCCGAGGCCAGGACCUGGAGGACAAGCGGAACUUCCUGGAGUUCCUGCAGAGAGUGGACCUUGCAGAGGCCUGGAUCCAGGAGAUGGAGGUGAUGGUGAACGUCGGGGACCUGGGCCAGGACCUUGAGCACUGCCUGCAGCUCCGCAGGCGCCUCCGCAGGUUCCGGGGAGUCUGGGCCGGGGACAUGGUGGAUGACACCCACAUCAGGAGCAUCAAUGACUGGUCACUGCGGCUCAAGAACCGGGACCCCGAGCAAGUCAAGACCAUCUGCCAGCGGCGGCACCAGCUCAACAACAGGUGGAACAGUUUCCAAGGCAACCUGCUCCGGUACCAGUGGCAGCUUGAAGGGGCCCUGGAGAUACACUCCUUGUCCCGAGAGCUGGAUGACGUCACCGAGCGGAUUGAGGAGAAGGCCGCCCUGAUCCAGGGCCCGGACUUCGGGAAAGAUCUGGAGAGCGUGCAGAGGCUGCUGCAGAAACACAAGGAGUUGGAGCAGGAAAUGGGCCUCAUCCAGGCCCAGGUGGAGCUUCUAGAGCGUGAGGUGGGCCGCCUCUGCCAGAGAAGCCCUGGGGCAGCCCACAGCCUCAGCCACAAGCAGCGGGAGAUGUUGGACAGCUGGUGGCAACUCCGGAGCAGGGCCCGGAAGUGGAGGGAGUGCCUAGAUGCCCUGCACCAAGGUCAGAAACUGCAGGCAGUGCUGCAGGAACUGCUGGUCUGGGCCCGGAGGCUGCGGGCUGAGAUGGACGCCCGAGGCACCCCCCGCAGCCCCACGGAGGCCCGGCGCUUGUUGGAGGAGCACCAGGAGCACCGGGCUGAGCUGGACUCCCGAACAGACAGCAUCAGCCUGGCCCGAAGCACCGGGCAGCGACUGCUUGCAGCUGGGCACCCGUCCACCCCCGACAUCCGUCGGGCCCUAGCUGAUUUAGACCAGGAGCUGAACAGCCUGGAAGGGGCCUGGCAGGAACACCAGCUCCAGCUCCAGCAGGCCUUGGAGCUACAGCUGGUUGUGAGUUCUGUGGAGCAGAUGGAAAGUUGGCUCUGCAGCCAGGAAGCCUGCCCAGCCAUUGAGGGUCUGGGGGACUCCUUGGCCAAUGUGGAGACCCUCCUGUGGAAGCACAAGGUGCUGGAGCAGGGCCUGGAGGCACAGACGGACAAAAUCAGCACAAUGGAGGCCGCAGCUCGCAGCCUGCACCGGGGUGGGCAUCCCGAGGCCCAGAGUGCCCUGGACCGGUGCCAAGCUGUGCUCCUGAGGAAAGAGGCACUCCUGGAGCGCGCCAGGACCCGCCGCCGCCGGCUGGAGGAGCUCCGGCAGCUGCAGACCUUCCUGCAGGACUCCUCCGAGGUGGCCUCAUGGCUCAGGGAGAAGAACCUGGUGGCCCUGGAGGAGGGCUGGCAGGACCCAGCCAUGCUGCAGGCGCAGCUGCGGAAGCAGCAGACUCUCCAGGCUGAGCUGGACACGAGUGCGCACCAAAGACAAAGGCUGCAGAUGGAAGGGCACAGGCUGCUGCAGGGGGGCCACCCGGCCUCGGAGACCAUCCAAGAGCGGCUGCAAGAGCUGGGAGAGCUCUGGGACAAGCUGCAGGCCAACUGCCAGAAGAAGGCAGCCAACCUACAGGCAGCCUGCGAGGCCCUGCGCCUGAGGAGGAGUGUGGAGGAACUGGAGAGCUGGCUGGAGCACAUGGAGAUGGAGCUGAGAGCACCCCUCAGGGGCCAGGACCAGCCUGGGCUGGAGGAGCUCCUGGAGGCACAAGGAGAGCUGGAGGCUGCAGUGGACAGGCAGACCAGGCAGGCACAGGCCCUGCUGGGCCAGGCCCAGGCCUUUAUCCGGGAAGGCCACUGCCUCCUCCAAGGUGUGGAAGACCAGGCCCAGCGGCUGCUUCAGAGGUUCGAGAGCCUGAGGGAGCCGCUGCAGGAGCGCAGGACGGCUCUGGAGGCCAGGAGCCUUCUCGUGCAGUUCCUCAGGGAUGCCGAAGAGGAGCUGGCCUGGGUGCAGGAGAAGCUGCCCCUGGCGGCCGCCCGAGACCACGGCCAGAGCCUGAGUGCCGUGCUGCGCCUGCAGAAGAAGCACCAGAACCUGGAGAGCGAGAUGAGCAGCCACGAGGCUCUGACCCAGGCAGUGGUGGGCACCGGGCACAAGCUGGUGCAGGCUGGGCACUUUGCCGCCCGUGACGUGGCCGCUCGAGUGCGGCAGCUGGAGAGCGCCAUGGGCCACCUGCAGGCAGAGGCUGCGCGGAGGCGGCAGUGGCUGCAGCAGGCCCAGGAGGCCCAGCAGCUCCUGACAGAGCUCCUGGAGGCAGAAGCCUGGCUGGCAGAACGGGGUUGUGUCCUGGACAUCGAGGACGUGGGCCAGAGUGCCGAGGCCACGCAAGCCUUUCUGCGGCAGCUAGAGGCCACAAGGCGAGAGCUGGAGGGGUUCGGCACACGCAUCGAGAGGCUACAGCAGACUGCAGCCCUCCUGGAGAGUGGGCAGAACCCAGAAAGCCCCAAGGUGCUGGCCCAGAUGCAGGCUGUGAGAGUGGCCCACUCAGGGCUGCUGCAGAGAGUGGAGAACAGGGGCCAGGGCCUGUGGGAGCAGCUGCAGCUCCACCAACUAGAGCGGGAGGCCCUGCUCCUCGACGCCUGGCUGGCCAGCAAAGUGGCCUCCACUGAGUCCCAGGACUGUGGGCAGGACCUGGAGGCCGUCAAGGUGCUGGAAGAGAAGUUUGAUGCUUUCAGAAAGGAAGUCCAGAGCCUGGGGCAGGCCAAGGUGCAGGCCCUGAGGGAGCUGGCGGGCUCCCUAGAGCGGGCAGCACCCAGGUGCUGUCCCCAGAUCCAAGCCCAGAGGAAUCGCAUCGAGGCCACCUGGGAGAGGCUGGAUAGGGCAAUAAAAGCCCGCACACAGAACCUGGUCGCAGCCCGCGAGGUCCGAGGCUUUGAGCAGGCGGCGGCUGAGCUCCAGGGCCGGAUGCAGGAGAAGGCCACCCUGAUGGAGAGGGAUGCCCGUGGCCACAGCCUGUCAUCUGUUCAGAUCCUGCAGCAACAGCACAGGUGCCUGGAGAGGGAACUGGCUGCCAUGGAGAAGGAGGUAGCACGGGUGCAGACGGAGGCCUGCCGACUGGGUGAGCUACACCCUGCGGCUCAGGAGGGCCUGGCCAAGCAGCUCGCUGAGGUGCAGGACAACUGGGCCACCCUGGAUGCAAAGGCCCAGGAGCGGGGUCGACAGCUGGAGCAGGCUGCCCAGGGCCACACCUUCCUCGGACGCUGUCGGGAGCUGCUAGCCUGGGCUCAGGAGAGGCAGGCGCUCAUGUCCUCGGAGGAGCUGGCUAGGGACAUGGCAGGGGCUGAGUGGCUCCUGGGGCAGCAUGAAGAGCUAGGGCGGGAAAUCAAGGAGCACUGCCUUCAAGCCCAGCAUAUACAGCAGGAAGGGCAGCACCUGGUGGACAGUGGCCACUUCAUGUCCCUGGAGGUGACAGAGUGUCUGCAGGAGCUGGAAGGGCAGCUGCGAGCACUCAAGGAGGCCUGGGCCCUGCACCAGGAACGCUGCGAGGAGAGCUGGAGGCUGCAGAAGCUGCGGCAGGAGCUGGACCAGGCUGAGGCCUGGCUGGCCUCCCGGGAGGGCCUCCUGCUGGACCCCAACUGCGGACACUCGGUGUCAGAUGUGGAGUUGCUGCUCUGCAGACACCAGGACUUUGAAAAGCUACUGGCAGCCCAGGAGGAGAAGUUUGCCCAACUGCAGAGGAAGGAGGAGAUGGAACAGGAGGUGAAGGGGCUGAAACCUGGGAGAGUUUGCAGCGGGCUGAUCUCCCUCCACCAGGGGCCCUUCGGAAGCUGGUGGCCAGGAGCACAGCUGGCUGAGAAAAGGGACCUGCAGCCGGGUGUCCCUGGUGGGCCACACAUACCUUUUGCCACCACUGUCUCCCUGGAGCAUGCGGCCAGGCAGCAGGAGCCCAGCAGGGCCCAUACCCUGGAGCCAGCACUGAGGCUCUGGCGGCCAGGAGCACCAGGCUAUUUCCUGGGCCCCAUCUUGAACUUUCAGGAUGCAAAGGGUGCCCCCACCAUGGAGGGGUUUUUGGAGCUUAAGCAGCAGCUGCUGCCUGGGGAGAGGCAGCCCAGCUCGAGCCCCUGGGAUGGCUGCUAUGGGGUCUUGGGAGGCAGCUCCCUGAGCCUAUUCCGGGAUGAGAUGACGGCAGCAGAGAAAGUGGCUCCCACCGCCACCCUUGAUCUUGCGGGAGCCCAGUGUGAGAGGCUGAGGGACCACCACGGCAGGAAACAUACUUUCUCCUUAAGGCUGAGCGGCGGGGCGGAGAUCCUGUUUGCAGCACCAUCAGAAAGGCAGGCUGAGAGCUGGCAGCGAGCCCUGAGCAGCGCGGCAGCCCACAGUCUGAGCCCAGAACUCAGAGCCAGACCUCUGGGCGCCCUGGCUGCUGAGAGGCUGCCCAGCAUGGCAGCUCCACUCAGGUAGGGCACCUGGGUGUGUGGGCAGGUGGGAGUCCUGAGCCUCCAUGACUGCCAGAUGCCGCCCUCUUAAGUCCAAGGGCCUGGGAUUCAGACCUAUGCUGCUGGGUUGGGGGGUAA